UGUGUGAUAUAUUGCGUUCCUUGAAAUUGGUGCAGAGUGAUACCUCAAACACAACGUUAACCGACGACAACAACUUUCCCAGCAUUCCUCGCUUCACCGUGUGUUCGUCUGCGGUUGUUUCAAACAUGGAGGAGAGGGAAAGAAAGGGUGUGAAACCAGACAGUCAGAAAACAACACUGGCAGCUAGUUCAAGUACGCCACCGGUACCGCAGCGUGUCCCGGAGGCAGACAGUAAAGCUGGGGACGAUGACGCAGAGAAAACAGACGUCUGCUCUGACAAGUUUGACCCUCUCUUGGCCUUGUACUCCCCGACCGUGUCGCUUCCUUUUCCAAACAUCAAAUGUUUUAACAAUGUGGCAGAGUACGAGAGCUUUCUCAAGGGCGGCAGGGGUAGAGCCAAACCGGAGAAUGUGGAGAAGAAGCGGGUGAAGGCGAUGAAAGGGAUGGCGGACCCGGAGCGCAUCGAGAGGCUGAAGAAGCUCAUGGUGAAAAACCCGCUGCCAGAGUCAGAGGAGGGGGAGAGCAGCGGCACGCGGCGGGGGAGGAGGAGGCAGAAGCCCCAGAAAAAUGUCCUGACAAGGAUGCCCUUGUGUAAAGGCAGUCCUUUGGGUGAGCUGUACCGCUGUGUUGAGGAGAGGAUAAGGGUCAAAGUUCACAUCAGGACCUUCAAGGGACUGAGGGGCGUGUGCUCUGGCUUCAUUGUGGCCUUCGACAAGUUCUGGAACAUGGCAAUGGUGGAUGUAGAUGAGACAUACAGAGAGCCUCUGCUUGGAGAGGCAUACUACCAUGAGAAAGCCCUCACCAUUACACGGCUCUUUGAGAAGCUAAAGCUCCAGGAAAGCUCAGGAGGUGAUAAAUCACCAAAGAAGCACAAAGCCCAGGAACAACUCAGUGAGCAUCAGCCUGGAAAAAGCCAGGCUUCUCAUGCUACAAGCAGGAGAGAGGACAACAGGACAGAGUUGAUGUUGUUGGACCCCAAAGAGGAUAAACACAAAGCCUCGCUAAAAGCCCAGGGCCCAGAGGCCGGUCACAAGAACGCCUCGCAGACGUACGGCAAGGUCCACACACGCCACAUCAACCAGCUUUUCAUCCGCGGUGAGAGUGUUAUCCUGGUUAAUCCACAGCCACUCUGAUUUCUGUCUUCUGUUUGAUAUUUACCCCUGGAUAAAACAUUGUAUUUUCAACAAACAUGUUGUAUUGUACACUGAACAUCUGUAAUAACAGAUGUGUGUAGAUGAAGUGCCAGAGAGAGCUCUAUAAUUUAGUUAGAUUCGCAAGAAUCAAACAAGGAUUACUGUUAUAUCAUAUUGAUAUGGAGGUUUUUCUCUGCCCACCAGAGAAAUCAUCUUGAUUUUGAGAAAUAAAAGCUUCUCAGUUCUAAUCUAA